UUCUUUGCUGCAGUAUUUAUUUAACGCGGCUCUGUCCGGUGGUCCUGGAGCAGAGUCGCUCAGCAGCUUCUAAUGCUUGCCAGCUUUUUUAGUGUUGAGCUGGCCUGAGUUACUGAAAUGUGUCCUGCUGAGAAAUAAACAUACCAGUUGGCCUGUGUCAUGGCGCUGGCAGGAGUGCGUGUGAUUGAGCUUGCUGGACUUGCCCCAGCACCCUUCUGUGGAAUGAUCCUGGCGGACUUUGGGGCAAAGGUGAUUCGUGUGGAUCGGACAAAGGUCGCAAUGGCGGUGGAUACUCUUGCGAGGGGCAAACAGUCUGUGGCCGUGAACCUGAAGAGUCCUGAAGGUGUAGCGGUGAUAAAAAGACUGUGCGUUCAGUCAGACGUGGUUCUUGAACCCUUUCGGAAAGGAGUGAUGGAGAAGUUGGGUUUAGGUCCUGAGGAGUUGCAGAAGGAGAACCCUCAGCUGAUUUAUGCACGGCUUACGGGCUAUGGCCAGAGAGGCUCCUAUGCCAUGGCUGCUGGGCACGAUAUCAACUAUGUGGCCAUGUCCGGACUGCUGUCCAUGUUGGGCCGCAGCUCAGAGAAGCCCUAUGCUCCACUGAACCUGGUGGCAGACUUUGCAGGAGGAGGCCUGAUGUGCGCCCUGGGGAUCGUCCUGGCCCUGCUGGAAAGAAGCAGGUCAGGGAAGGGCCAGAUCAUCGAUGCCAGCAUGGUGGAGGGGGCAGCAUACAUAGGCUCUUUUAUGUGGAAGUCCCGCAGCAUUGGCUUAUGGAAUCGACCUCGAGGGGAAAACAUGCUGGACAGUGGAGCUCCAUUCUAUGACACGUAUCGCACUGCUGAUGGGAAGUACAUGGCAGUGGGAGCCUUUGAGCCACAGUUUUAUGAUCAACUCAUCCAAGGGCUGGGAUUGGAUGCGGUGGAUCUUCCAUCCCAGAUGAGUGUCUCUGAUUGGCCACAGCUAAAGCAGACGUUCACCCGGGUAUUUGCCAAGAAAACGCAGGCAGAGUGGACUCGGAUUUUCGAUGGAACCGAUGCCUGUGUCACCCCUGUGCUCACUUUGGAUGAAGUGGGCUCUCAUCCUCAUAACCAUGAGAGGGGAUCAUUCCUCAGAAACGCUCAGGGGGAGGUUAGCCCCCGCCCGGCGCCCGUCCUGUCCUGCUCCCCUGCUGAGCCCUCCAUGUCUCGUGACCCUUUCAUUGGGGAGCACACCCGCGCUGUUCUGAAGGAGUAUGGCUUUGAGGCAGCCCAGGUUGAAAAGCUGCUAUCUGCCGGCAUUGUAGAGUGCAAUGAGGCUAAGGCACGUUUAUAGGACCUCUGUAUACAGGACUAACAGGACACUGGUGAAUGAUGAUGAGUGAAAAGUACUUUCUCGCCUUAAAACUUGUUGCUUUCAGCUGAAGAGUGGCAUGCGAAGAGCGUUUAAGCUCAAAAUAACUCCCCUUUGAUCCGCAGGCUACCAUAAUUCAGUCUGUUGAAAGAUGAAAGUGACAGGCCAUGAACUUUGAAUCUUUUUUUCAGCAAAUAGAAUCAGGGUGUCAAGUGGAGACGUGAUUCACUUAAUCCUAAUGGGCUCCGUCCAGUUCUUAUCUGCCCUCAUGUCAUGAUGUUCCAUGGAUACUGGCACAUCUAGCACUUCUAGUAUGCUAUGAGUUUUUAACUUUGUAACCACAAAGGGUUUCACCUGAACUUCAGUUAAAACUGUAAAAUUAGCUUAUACAAUGAAUGUAAUUAGAAUGCUUCUAAUUCUCCUUUUCUAAAGGACGUUAUACAUGGUCUGUACAGGGUGAGUCAAAAGUUAUAGGAUACUGUUUUAUUUUUUAUGCCGUCACAAGCCUCCACGAUGCGGUGCUGAAGGUGGUGUUUGUUGUGGAUUUUCUCAGCAUACACAGUUUGUUUGAGAUGACCCCAAAGAUAAAAGUCGAUAAUAAAAUAAAAAAUAAAAUGAAAUCUGUCCUGUGACUUUUGACUCACCCUGUAGUUUACUUCAUGCUUUAGACAGGUUCGUAUCAUUUUCUAAAGCUGCUCACCUCCAUUGUGAGCCCAAAAAAUAUGAUGUGAUUUUACUUUAUUUUUUAAUGUAGCAAUAAACAAGUCACAAAAA